AUGCUGGUGACCUUCUACAUCUUCUCGCUGGGCGUGGUGGCCGCGGCGUCGGGCUACCUGACCUGGAAGUAUCCCAACGCCCAGACCGGCCCCAUCGUGAAGCUCAACGCAUUCCUGGCAUGGCUGGCCUCCCUGUCGAUGCUCGUGCUGGCGCCCGCGGACAUCCUCGUGGCGCUGCACGAGCAGGAGGGCAGGGAGGAGCCGCUGGCGGUGCUGUGGCAGAUCGCGUACUGGUACGCCUUCGUGGCCAUGGUGCUGCUCCUGCCAUUCCUGCAGGGGUAUGGGGAGUCCGGGGACUUUUUGCUGGCAGACAGGAUCCUGUACUCGCUGAGGGACAACGGAAAAUUCUACGGCAUCCUGGGAUUCCUGGGCCUGCUGGGGGUGGUGCUGCUGGCGCUGCUGGGCCAGCUGGAGCCCUCCAACCUGCUGGGCUGGCUGAUGGGGGUGUCCAAUGCCUAUGGGUUGAUCGGAGCCAUCUUUCUGAUGGGUUACGGCCUGGUGGAGGUGCCGCGCAAGCUGUGGCAGAAGGCAGACGUCAAGGGGCGCGCUCUACUGCUGCACCACAACGCUGGCGUGCAGGUGGAGAAGGCCGGCGCAGCACACAAACAAUUGGGCAAAAUGUUGGGCAUCGUGGCAAGGGUAUCUGAGUUGUUUGGGAGAAGGGACCGCCUGAGGCCGUACAUGGAUGAGAUCGAAAGGAUGACAGACCGUGUGGGCGAUGUGGCACCAGAGGAGAUCGACCUGGAGAACGAGGACGUGGACUUGGAUUACUUCACAAGGCAGGACUUGGGGGAGCUGCGGCGGCAGCUGCGCAUGGCGAUCGAGGGCUUCGAUAGGGAGAAGGAACGGUACCUGCAGGUAGUGCGUGACUACUUCAGGGUGCACGAUGUGCUGCAGAACAUCGACAAGGUGGGCUCACCCUUUGUGUCCAACACUGGGGGGAGCAAGCAGGGGAUGUUGGGCCAGUUGGAGUGGUGGUGGAGGUGCAGACUGCAGGGCUGGACCAUGAGGCUCCUGGCCAUCGUGCUCUGCCUGGUGUCCCUGUCGGUGGUGGUUGCCGAAGUGGGGAUCUCCGACCACAUGCCCAACCUGUCCCUCCUUGCAACGAUGCUGAGAGGAAUGAAGGACAGCAAGUUCAUGGUGCUUACAGUGUCCUUUCUGGCCUUUCUGUACGUCUGCAUGUGCACCUACUUCACCCUCUUCAAGCUGGGCCAGUUCUCCUUCUACCUGCUGGUUCCACGGCACACCUCCCCAUACUCCCUGCUGACGAAUGCGCUCUUCAUGGCCAGAUUCUCAUUCCCGCUUGCGUACAACUUCUUGGCGGCCAUAGCAAUGCCAACAGGGAAAUCAAGCACAGAGCCUGACUUGGAGACGACUGAAUUUUACAGGGUCCUUGGGAGCAAGAUGGCGGAUGCACCAGUAAUUGGUUUGCAGUUCACCACGUACAUGCCACUGGUGAUCGUUCCCUAUAUCGUCUUGGUGUAUUUUAGAGUCUUCAAUCGCGUUGCUGCAUUCUUUGAUCGUACAAAAAGAUUCUCUUUUGACGAAGACUGGGACUCAUCAUACACAUCGAUGGGGCAGUCGAUGCUUCGCCAGGAACUGGAGAACGCAGAAAUGAAUCUGCCCCUGGGAUUAACAAUAUCGCAGGGACUGCAAGGCAGCGCACGCCAGCCAACUCGUCCCAGACCAUCUGGUGCUCGAAGGGACCGGGGAGGCCGCAGGAGCAGAGGCCAACCUCGCCAGGACAAAGGCCAUGAACGCAGUGGCAGGGAGUGGGUCAAAGAUGCCACUUCCAGAUUGACUGAUGCGAUUGGUCGUAGUACCCAGCGGAACAGGCCUCCGCCGCCUGCGAAUGGGGGCCGCAUGGCAGGCGGAAGCAGGUUGGACGGCAUCUUCUCCCAAGUUCUGGGGCGAGGGGAUGAGGGUGCUGAGAUGGGCGACUAUACCACUCUGGGGGACGAAAUGGACCCCAGCGCUGGUGGCAGCAGCUGGUUUAAAUUGGGAGGGAGGGGAAGGCGGUAG